CUAGCGAUGCCUUGGUAUUCAAUUCUCCUUACCCAUAAUGACGUCACGGAAUUUCCGGUUAGGUGCACUAUGGGAUUGAUAAAUGAAUUAAAAUGGCGGACGUGCUGUUGAGGUUUUGUGAAGACGACGUUCMUGGAGCAAAAUUGCCAAUGCCCGUGAUAGAGGACAACAUGGCCAGCGAUUUGGUGCGGUAUCUACAUACCCGGGGUUUAAGUGGUUCAACUUCUGAUUCAAAGACCAGUCUUGUCAAAAGGGUUAAAGAUAUUGUGGCGUCUGGAUACGCAAAAUAUAUUGUUGAUCCAGAUCAAAAUCUUAGUUACGACAUAAUCCAAAGUCACGUUAACGCAACUGUGCGAAAAGUCUCAUUGCCAUUGUUGGCAAACUGGUCAAGUUCCUUAGAAGACAUUCCUAAUUUAUUCAAUUAUACUUGUGUACACGAAUACCUUGAAAAGAGAAACGUGGUGAUCUUGGAAAAGGAUAAACAAUAUGGAACGUAUAACCUACCAAUAGCAGAAAAACCACUUACUAAAGGGUUUAAUUUUUAUGCAUCUGGCCAUAUACAGGAGAUAAAAGUGAAUUGUACUGGAGAGUUCUGUCACGUGUGGGGACGAGUAAUGGCAAGCAUGAAGGAUGACAUAUACUUAUCAAAAAUUGUGCUUGAGAGGAGCUCAUCUGUGGUGAUCACAGGACAAUGUACUUGUGUGGCAGGGGCUGGCGGGAAAUGUAACCACAUAGCUGCAGUUUUGUUUGCCUUGGUAGAGUUUAGGGACUCUCAACGAGGAAGUUGUACAAGCAAACCACAAGAGUGGCAUCUCCCAUCAAGGUCAAGGAAGCGUAACACAAAAGCAGAAAAAACUGGAGUACGCAACCCGGAAAAACAUGUUUUCAAAAGGCAGAAGGAGAGAAAAGAUCCUUUAGAAGGAUACGAAGAUUAUAAAUCAGUGUCCAGUCCAACAAUUGACUUCAAGAAAUUGAAAGAAGACAAAGAAAAUGUUAGCCAUAAUAUGGGGCUGAACUAUAUUUUGCAAUCAACAUCAAGCUCAUCUCAGGAAGACAGCAUUCCUACUAAUAAUAUGACACCAGAAGAAAUUAUAAUGGCAUCUCUUGAAGUACAUACACAACAAGAGGCUGAUGAAAUUGAAAUAUUAACAAAGGGCCAACAUACCAACCUGGAGUGGCACAGACAGAGAAAAGGAAGGAUCACUGCUAGCAUUUGUAAAGACUGUGUAGGUAAGGGAGACCCCAGCAAAAUAGUCAAAAAGAUCACAACAGUGGGAAACCCAAGAUCAAAACCUAAAUCUCUACACAUGCAAUAUGGUAUUGAUAAUGAAGAUGUCGCAGUUAAUAAACUUGAGCAACAAUUAUCUGGUGAUGGAGUUAACUUUAAACUGAGAAAAUGUGGACUUUUUGUGUCUAUAGAUGAUCCUCAAUUAGCUGCCUCUCCUGAUAUGGUGGGUAUGAUUGAUGAUGAGAUUGUUACUGUUGAGGUGAAAUGUUUGUCUGCCUCAAAAGAAUUAACCCCUUUGGAGGCUACUAGAGUUAAACAACGAGAUUCAAACUUUGCCUUCCGUGAAAGCAGUGGGAAGUUAACAUUAAAAAGAACACACAGAUAUUAUUAUCAGAUGCUUAUGCAAAUGGCAGUCACUCAAACCCAUACAGGAUAUAUGGUAGUUUUCACUAAUGCUUCAGUUCCGGUAGAAUAUAUUAAACUCUCAUUUGAUGAGGAAUUAUGGGAGCAUACAAGAGAGACACUUCUGGAUUUUCACCAUACAUAUGUAAUCCCUGCACUUGUUUUGCAAAGAUUUGCACAGUAACAAUUAUUUGGUAAGAGUACAUUUGUAAGAUUGAUACUUUUUAUUAUUAUUAUAAUUAUCAUUAUUAUUAUUAUUGCCGCCAUUAUUAUCAAGCUCACUACAAAAAUUUCCAG